CUAGUGUUCAACUUCCCUCCACAUGAUGGGAGGGAAGCUUUAUGUCAUCGGAGUCAACCCCUGCUAACCUCCGCUUAGUCAGUAAUAAGGAUUUCUCAAAAGCCGGGACAUGGCCAUCGACGGAGCUGAGUUUGCUCCGUCUGUGCAGUUAGUUGUUGUCUUGCACGAAUAAACAAAGCCCCAGUAGCUUUGGUAGGGGGAGCAGCUCCCAUGGAGUGCUAAUCGACGCCACAAUGCCGCCAAAGCGAGCGUGCGAUAUAUGUUAUCGUAGGAAGAUCCAAUGUCUUAUCCCUGCAGAGGGCCCUCCGUGCGACUGGUGUAGUCAUCAUGAUUCCGAAUGCACCUUUCAUCGGGAUGCGCCACGAAGAAAGAAGAAAAUCAAAGUGACCCUGGGCGACGUACAAGGCCUUAACGAUCGCAUUCAGCAACUCGAAGAUGCGCUAGCCAAGGCAAACUCGCAGCACGCAACGCAGCGAGACAUCCCUGGUCAAGGUCAACCAACUCCAGCCAUAUCUGUAUCCGAGGAGACGUCAAACUCCGCAUCUAACCAGAGUGCAUCCUUUGCAAUUAUUCGGGACUCAGUUGCUCUUUCCGAGCAAUCUCUCUCACCUCUAGUCUUCUCUCAGGACCCCGGCAGUGUCGAUGACAGGACACCAACGGCAGAUGGGUCCCGGCCCGGCAACUAUAUCGGCCCCAACUGGUUCUUCCGAGGCAUCCAUGCGUUUUCGGAAGAUGGCCGCCAGUGGAUAUCUUCCAAGACUGGUCAAACUAUCGACUGGAGUAAACUUCAUAUCUUCACCACGAAACCUUCACCUUUCGCAAGGAUACAUGCACAACUAUCACCAAGUCUUUGUAAUCUCCCGAAUCAGGUUUCUUUACGAGAUCGUAUAUCUUCGUAUUUCAAGUCGUCCUUUAGACUGAGAUUUCCUCUCCUUGACGAGGUUCUAUUCGAAGAGACAAUCAACGAGGCCUAUAAAGAUGCAGAGAAUGAUUCACCUUCACCAUCACGCAUGGCUGCCCGGGCCUGCGUGUUCGGAGCUCUCAGUCUCACAGUAUUCUUACCAGAUAUUCAACCAAGUUCACUGGGGUUGGAUGGGAAUGAAAGCGCAGCCAGGGCCAGCUAUCUUCUCAGUCGUCUUGUCGGGUAUACAAGUCUUACAACUCUGCAGACGAUCCUGUUACUGCAUGUGCAACGUCUCCUGUUUGGUCAUUGGCAAGAGGCCGACUCGCUACUACCAGCAGCUUGCCGUACAGUCAGUGCACUCGGUGGACAUCUUCAUCAGCCCACGAAGUCCCUCACAGGAGACGUUUCUCUGUCUGAGAGAAGAAAAUGCCAUAUUAGGAACCUUUUCUGGGUUUGUUAUAUGUCGGACAAAGACUUGUCCCUGCGAACAGGCCAGCCUCCUUUUCUUGCCGACGUCUACUGUGAUCUCACCAUCCCAGACAAUUAUCUGAGUUCCUACACCUACCUCCGUGGUCUUGAUGAGUAUACUCACCCCUCGAAUGAAUCAGAGGCUGUGUACCUUACACCACACUUUUGGGGAGAUGUUCAGCUGGGAUACCUCAAGGAGAAAGUAUUUCGACUGCUCUACUCGGUACAGGCCCUGAGAGACAAAGACAACCAACUUUUAAUAUUCAUCCGGCAGCUGGAUGACGAAAUCGAAUGCUGGCGUUUGUCCGUCCCAGUGGACUUCCGCCCGGCUCUUUCAGUCUCAUCAAAUACUCUUUUAAUCACGCCUGAAACAAAGUCACCUCACUUGCGAAGAUAUUUCCAUCUACUCCUGGAGUACUGGUACCUGAUGAUCUAUGUCCAUACCACGGUCAGAAGAUAUGAUGCACAUACGAUCAUCGGCGACGGGGGCCAGGAUCUUCAUAGGGUGAUACACUCAAGCUACGAUUUGUCAAUGGAAGCUGGCAGAUCGACGCUUCGAUGCUUGCGAGUGUUUAUGAAUACCUUCUCUAACGAAGGCUUCUGGCUUUUGAUGUUCUAUUCCACCAAUGCAGCUAUUGCACUGCUCCUCAACAUGAUUAUACACCCAGAAGACUCGGACGGCCAACUAGAUCUCGAGCUUCUGAUAUCGGCUGCUAACGCGAUCCGUACAGCGAUUCCAAGGGUACUGACACGUGAUGAGAGUACACGUAUCCAAAAGACGUCCGACUUUAUAAUGUGGCUCAUGUGGCUUGGGUCAUGUGCCAUUACCAAAUCACAGGAAGAGGGACUGCGCCACGAGUUGUAGAAACCCAGCACACUUAUACGCGUCGGUGUCAAUUCAAGAUGCGAGCGGUGCGCCUAGCAUAUAAAAAGCAGCUCCCGCUGACAAAGCGGUGAGCUUGGUCGUAUUAGGCGGCUGAGCAAGCCAAGGGGGUUAGAGCUCCCGUCUCAACAGGGGCUGCAACCCGAAUAUUUAAGCGUAUAUACACGGUAGAACUUGCAUUGCCGAAGGCCUCGCUCUUACUGGUGGAGGUCGUGUUCGAUGGUACACUAGAUCAAAUACGUGCGGGACAUUAAUUAAGUUUACUUGGGAUGCAGUGUCAGUCCACCCACUUUCCGGAACCCGAAUAUUGCUGCCGGAGUCUCGCUUCUAAGCGAUUUCCAUGCGGUUACUGAUCAAAUCGGUUGCGAAGCUUCCGUAUGA